AUGCGCUGCGCGACGCUGUACGCGCUCGUCGCCUACGCGACAGCACAAGCGACAGCACAAGACAACUACGCAUCGCUGCGGCGCGCGGCGCGCCAGAGCUACGGCUUCGGCGACGCGCGCUACGCGUCGCACCCGCGGCGCGCGGCGGCCGGCGGCGAGGACGCUCCGCGGCGGCGCCGCCGCCGCCGCCGCCCGGUUCAGCCGGACGACCCGAACGUCUGCGAGAGCCGGUCGCGCGCGGGUGUGCGCAGGCGCGCGCCGAAGGCCGCCCCCCUCGCCUGGACCGACGGCGUCCCGGCCGCGGAGGGCCUCGAGUGCGUCGCCGCGCCGGCGCCGGGCGGCGGGACGCGCGCGUGCUGCCGCGCGACGCUCGCGCGGGCCGAGCUCCUGGCCGACGAGUACCCGGCGCACUUCGCGCGCAUCGCCCGGAGCGCGGCCCGGGCCGAGGGCGUCAACCUCGUAACGGCCGCGACGACGUGGCGCUGCUUCCCGAGUUUGGUCAUCGUCGGCGCCCAGAAGUCCGGCAGCACGGCCCUCGCGGUGCACCUCACGCGGCACCCUAAUAUAGCGUUCUCGCGGGACAAGGAGCUCCACUUCUUCGACAAGAACGAGAGCCUCUGCCCCGGGCCCCUGGGGUACCUGCUCAAGUUCCCGGCGCGCGACGAGUUGAAAGCGACGGCCGAGGCGACGCCGUUCUACAUCGCCUCGACCGAGGCGUGUACGCACAUGGCGGCGCAGCUCGGACGGCGGGCCACCUACGUGCUGAUUGUCAGGGAGCCCGUGGCGCGGGCCUACUCCGAGUACCAGAUGAAGCACCGGCGCGUGCAGGGCCAGGACGGAUUUGAAAAAGCGCUGCAGGCGCACGCCGGGGCGAUCCUGCGGUGCGUCGCCGAGGCCGGCCCGCGCAACGCGACGCGCGGUUUGAGAGCGUGCGCGCCUUCGGAACUCCAAGCAUUGGCCAAGUUCCCGCAGUUUGCGGUGUCCGUCGGCGUCCAGAUCGCGCGGAAGGCCAAGGCAGCGAAGCAGGCGGGGGGCGACGACCGGAGCGCGUUGUACGAGUGGCUGAAGGCGUGCUUCUGGGUGGCCGACGAAGGGACAAAGGAGCCCCUCGCCGAUCUCAUAGGAGGCGGCCGCGGCGCCGCGCGCUUCGACGCGACGCAGUGCUUCAAGGAAGGCACGCGCGAGCGGCUGGGCGACCUGGAGGCGGUCAUGCGGGACGAGGUCGCGCUCUUCCACGACUGCGCGCGGACGCACUUUUCUUGGAUGGUGCCGCCGUCCAUGGACGCCGCGGCCGACCUCAUCACGAAGUGCGUGCGCGUGCGCACGGGCAUCUCGGCCCAGUACCUCUACCGCGGCCUGUACGCGGCGCAAUUACAAAGAUGCCUGCGGGGCGGCGUCGUUUCUAGUGAUAUCGUGGUGGUCGACCAGGACGUGUUGCGGCGCGACCCGCAGCGCGCGCUCGACGCCGUCGCUCAUCGGUUGCCCCGGCACACCUACGAGGACCUGUCGGACGCGUCGCUCAAAGCCGAGAUGGACCGCCGCUGGCCGGACUUCGAGAAGAACGGCUGGCGCCUCGACGCGGCCUACACGGCGCCGAUGCCCGAGGCCCUACGGAGCGACCUGGCGCGCUUCUUCGCGCCGCACAACGAGCUGCUGUUCGACUUCGCCGGGCGGCGGUUCGACUGGCCUUCGCGCUAGGAGUGUUUGUUGUGUUAAGACUGUG